UUGUUUAUGAUGUCGAAAUUACAGUUUGAAUUUACGGUAGUAGCUUCACCAAAAGAUACAAAAACAAAUGUAAUUGCCAUAACCUCAAUUAGUACAGAGGAUGGAAAGAGGUAUAUUUGGCCAGAAGAACUUAGAUAAAUGGGAGAUCAUACAGAAUUAAAAAAAUCAAACUAUUACGUAAAACUAGUUAAUUCAUUAAAGAAAAGAAAUCAGGUAAGAAAAGUAUGGAUUACGAUGACAAAAGAAUUAGAGAAGAUAUACAUUGACGAAGAUGGAAAUCUACAAUUUAAAGACCAAUACUUAGAGGAAAUAAAUGAAAAGAACUUAAAUAAAACACAGGAUCAUAAUCUGAAAGGGAUAUUAGAAAAACUGAUAGAAACAACACAAAAUAAAGGUAAAGAAAAAAACUUAAAACAAAUAGCAGACAAACUUUUGAUAGAAAAAUUUUCAAGCAAAAAUACUAAUUCUAAUCAGUGGAUGGAAAGUUUUGAAAAAGAGUGCUCUAGAUUUCAAAUAGACGAAAAAGAGGAUAAAAUUGAAUUAUUAAAAUCAUUCUUGGACAAACCGAGUUUAGAUUGGUACUCUUCUACACUCAUAAGAUUAACAAUAAAUGCUGGUUGGUCUGAAUGGAAAAAAAUAUUUUUAGAAUGCUUUACAGAUAAUGGAUGGAAUAAUGUUACUUAUGCAGUAACAUUUAAAUAUCGAGAAGGUUCAUUAACUGAUUAUGCUAUGAAAAAAGAAAAACUUUUAAUAGAUUUUAAUAUAGAUAUGGAUAUUAAAUCACUUAUAGCGUUGAUAGCAGUAGGGCUACCAGAAUUUAUACUGAACAAAAUUGAUAAAUCAGAAUUAAAAGAAUCAACAGACUUAUUUAAUAAUUUGAGACAGCUCGAAUGUCAAGUAAAAAAAAAUCCUCAAAUAAAAAUCAAAUAUGAAGAAAAGAAACCUUGUAAGACAUGUGAAGAUUUGGGUAAAGGUGUAAGAUACCACCCUAAUGAAAAAUUUUGGUUUAAAAGGAAUGAAGAAAAUAGAGAAAAAAACAUUACAACAAAAAAGGUAAAUAACAAUUCUAUCUUAGAUGUAGAAGUUUAUGAUAAAACAGAAAACGAAUAAACACACCACUAAUUAAAUUACACAUAGUAUUAGAAGAUAAAAUAAAAAAAAUAAAAAAAAAAAAUUUUAAAAACACACUUUUCCAUAAAAACAUUUAAAAAAAAAUUUUAAAAAUUGCACUAAAAAGACAAAAAUAAUUCUCUGUACUUAAAAAUAAUGAAAAAUUUAUUGAUGAAAAAUUUAAAAGUGUGUGGUGCAUCAUACAAAACAUUAAAAGCCGAGCUAAGUCUCACAUACACUUCUUUGUUCAAUCCUGUUUAUAAGAUAGUGACUGACAGUAUAUGUCAAGUAUAAGAGCAAAAUAAUGAAAAAUUUACUGAUGAAAAAUUUAAAAGCCAAGGAAAGUCUCACAUACACUUCUUUGUUCAAUCAUGUUUAUAAGAUAGUGACUGGGAAUAUAUGUCAAGUGUAUGAGCACCACACACUUUUAAAUUUUUCAUCAAUAAAUUUUUCAUUAUUUUUAAGUACAGAGAAUUAUUUUUGUCUUUUUAGUGCAAUUUUUAAAAUUUUUUUUUAAAUGUUUUUAUGGAAAAGUGUGUUUUUAAAAUUUUUUUUUUUAUUUUUUAUUUUCUACUUUUUAGUUGAAAGUAAAUAUUUUUAUUAAACGUUUAAGAAAUAUGUUUUCGGUACCUAUAUCAGAAUACCGGUAUAAUGUUAUUUGGUAAUAAUUACCGUUGUUACCAUAGAUAUUAUAAUAAUGGAUAGGACACGCCUAUACUUGCUUCGUAAGAGGUUGCGGUUUUUUUUGGGGAAGAGAGAAAGUUCAAUAUCUGCGAGAGAUAUUACGGCGACGUCGUGGGGACAAUCCUUUUUUUUUUUUUUGGUCCAUGUCCCAAAAUGACAACGGAUUAUUGUAUUGUCAUCCAAGACCAAGGUCUAUACCAAUUUUCAGAAUUUUUCAUCUUCAAAAAGUGCCUCAAAUCGAGCGCGCAAGAUUUGAUCACAGACAGACGUGAAACCAAACUUAAGAAAAGUGUUAAAAA